GAUCAAGCAGAACAUUUCUUUAGAAGUGGACAUACAAAUAACUGGGCAGUUUUGGUGUGUACAUCUCGAUUCUGGUUUAAUUAUCGUCAUGUGGCAAAUACUCUUUCAGUAUACAGAAGUGUCAAGAGAUUGGGCAUUCAUGAUAGUCACAUUGUCCUGAUGCUGGCAGAUGAUAUGGCGUGUAAUCCCAGAAAUCCCAAACCAGCUACUGUGUUUAGUCAUAAAAACAUGGAGCUAAAUGUCUAUGGCGAUGAUGUGGAAGUGGAUUACAGAAGCUAUGAGGUUACUGUUGAAAAUUUCUUGCGUGUAUUAACAGGAAGAAUCCCACCAAGCACACCGCGAUCUAAGCGUCUUCUUUCUGAUGACAGAAGCAAUAUUUUAAUAUAUAUGACAGGCCAUGGUGGAAAUGGUUUCCUGAAAUUUCAAGAUUCUGAAGAAAUCACAAACGUAGAACUUGCUGAUGCCUUUGAACAAAUGUGGCAGAAAAGAAGGUACAAUGAAUUGUUGUUUAUUAUUGAUACUUGUCAAGGAGCAUCCAUGUAUGAACGCUUUUAUUCACCUAACAUAAUGGCCUUGGCUAGCAGCCAAGUAGGAGAAGAUUCUUUAUCACAUCAACCCGAUCUUGGGAUUGGCGUUCAUCUCAUGGACAGAUACACGUUCUAUGUGCUAGAGUUCUUGGAAGAAAUUCACCCAGCCAGCCAGACAAAUAUGAAUGACCUGUUUCAGGUCUGUCCAAAAAGUUUGUGUGUUUCUACGCCUGGGCAUCGAACUGAUCUCUUUCAGCGAGACCCACAGAACGUUCUGAUAACAGACUUCUUUGGCAGUGUGAGGAAGGUGGAGAUUACAACAGAGACCAUUUCUUUGGACAGUGACUUAGCUGGUUUUGAAAGCAA